AUGCCCAAGAUGCCCAAGAUGCCCGGCGCAUCGAGCAGUGCAAAGAAGCACACGCUGACCUUGGCGCAAUUGUCCUCUUACGAUGACAUGCUCACAGAUGCCCUUGUCGAUCGGGCCUGGUACUGGACCACAAUUCCCAAGAAUCGAACCUCCUACCAUCCCUCGCGAGGUGUCAAAGAAGACGAGAUCAGCAAACUCAUUCAGAACCAUCUAAUUGUCACCCCCAAUGUCGACCUCGCCGAGGAGAAGUUGCUUGCGACAGACGGCCUCAGGAGGUUUUACAACGCGCUGAAGACCUCCCACGAGAAGGCCGACUUCAAGCAACACCUGCGUCGCUACAUGCAGAUCUACCUCCCCGACUGCCCCUUCGAAGUCAGCAGCACCAACCGAUACACAGUCACCACCCACGAGGCCUCUAUCGUUGCGCGAAGGCCCAUAAAACGAAACGAAACAGUCAAAUACCUCUCGGGAAUACAGGUCGUGAUCACGCCAGAGGAGGAGGAGGUCUUGUCUUCCCGGAAGAAGGACUUCAGCAUUGUCGUGAGCAGCAGGAAUAGGAUGGCUAGCCUGUUCAUGGGUCCUGCGCGCUUCGCCAACCAUGACUGCGGUGCCAACGCCAAGCUUGUGAUUACUGGUCAGGCCGGCAUUGACAUUGUCGCAAUCCGGCGCAUUGAUGUGGGAGAGGAAAUCACCGUGACAUACGGCGAAAACUACUUCGGGGAGAACAACUGCGAAUGUCUGUGCCAGACUUGUGAGAACAACCUGGCCAAUGGCUGGAAGCAGCCUGACGGCGUUGUGCCCGUCAAGAAGAGCAUAGAAGACGAUCUACUGGCAUUACAGGGCUAUAAUACUCGUGGAAGACACAGAUACGGCAGGGGAGAAUCGAGCUCUAGGACACCCUCGGUCACUCCUGACCUGCGACCAAAGGUUCUCAAGGGAAAGUUGAAGCAGUUGCGUACAGCCGACCGGGCCUCCACCACCGAAUCGAGCCUGGCCGGAGGAUCAGACACGGGGUCGAGGCGCAAGCGAGGUCGGGAGAGCCUCGCAACACCUCCUGUUACUCCCGCAAAGAAGCAGAAGACGACCAAAUACGAGAUCAGGCCUGUUCCUAGCCUUGUCGCAGACCGCAGCGGUAGCUCCGAUGCUGAGUCUGGUGGCCUGCUCUCAAGGUCUGAUUCCUCGAGCGGAGAAGCGGUGCUCACGGAUGUUACGACCCCGGAAGACACAACUGACUCCGCAACCGUGCCAUCUGAGCCCGGGCAAGUCGCACAGGCCAUAGAAAACCUGAAGCAAGAGCAAGAUGCGGUAGACUUGGCCUCAGAUGGCCUGCGGGAGGUUGCCCCGUUCGUGGAAUCCGCGAGCGCUCAGCAUCCAUCGAUCCCGCUACUUCGUACACCACAACCCCCGCCGAGAGCACGCGGCCUGUCCAUUCACGAUAUUCUCAAUACCCCUUCAGACGCAGCUACACCUGAUACCCGAUCCCCAAUCGACCGAUUUGCCGCUGCGUUUGGCGCCCAGAACUCCGCCAAGCCGGCUGGCAGCAAUGGUGGACAACAGGUCGAAGACCAGCAGGUCGGUGUGGUUGAAGAGCCCGUCUCACCGUCUCCCGUCAUCAUGCAGGAUCCUGAGGAAGCCGCUGAUUCAGUCGAGACUUUGGCAACUGCAGGAACUACUGCAAAGCGCGGUCGUGGACGGCCUAGAAAGCACCCAAAGCCCGAUGCCAGUCCUGUUCUGGAGAAACCCGUAGUCAUCUCACCACCUGCCCCUCCAGAGGACGAUCUGAGUGAAUCUGAUUCGCCAGCGCCUUCGACCGGCCCUGUCACCUACCGCGAACCCGGCGACUACCAGCUCACUCCCCGCCUUCUUGCCGAGCCAGACAUGGCCUGGGUGCGCUGCUCCAACUGCACCACCGCAUUUGUCCAACAGAACGCCUACUACACCCGCUCCUCGUGCCCGCGCUGCGAGCGGCACUCGAAGCUGUACGGUUACAUCUGGCCGAAGACGCAGCCUGAAGGGCCUUGGGACAAGGAGGAGCGCGUGCUGGACCAUCGAACCGUGCAUCGGUUUCUUGCUACGAGCGACGAGCUGGUCGUGCGAGGCAGAUGGACACAUACGCAAAGCAACACCGGCACGCCGAGAAGAGACGAGAGCGAGGCGAAUGUGAAGCGAGGCAGAGGAAGGCCUGGGAAGAGGUCUUCUCUUGCAGAAGAGCGGCACCAUGACGGGGCAGACCAAGAGCGUGCCAGUGUGGUGGAUCUCGACAUUAGGAGGAGCGUGAGGACGCGGAAAGCCAGCUUCAAGGUCGGCGCUUGUUAG